UUCUGGAGGUUCUGCAGAACUUCCUUUCCUGCAGGCAAACGGGUGUCGAGUUUCUGUGUUUGGAUCUAAGAUAAGGCCAGGUGGGGGGUGGGGGGCUGGACUCCAUUUUUAGACACAGAGGGGUCGAUGGCGUGACGCUGCUGCGCCUGCAGAUGCAGCCGGCGCUCACGGCGUUCACGGCGUUCACGGUUCCCGCCGCAGAGACUCAGGAGGACCCUCUUCAGUUUGUCCCUCUGAGCCUUUUCCCCGGUGGGGGGGCGGCCCGUUCACAGCGAUGGCCCCCAGCUUGGCCCUGGCGUACAGGCGGAGGUGGUGGAUGGCCGUCACCUCCAUCUUUGAGAACCUGUUCUUCUCGGCGGUUCUGCUGGGAUGGGGUUCUCUGCUCAUCAUGCUGAAGAGCGAAGGCUUCUACUCCCACCUCUGCACAGAGAACCUGACCGGCGCCAACGAGACGUUCAUGGACUACAACGGCUGGCCGAGCUGCAUAGAGCAGGAGGAGGUCCUGAACCUGGGCUUCACCGUCGGCUCCUUCCUGCUGAGCGCCGCCACCAUGCCGCUGGGGCUGCUGAUGGACAGGUUUGGGCCCCGCCCAGUCAGGCUUGUGGGCAGUUCCUGCUUUGCAGCUUCCUGUGCGGUGAUGGCGGUCGCCGCCUACAACCCCAGAGUCUUUUCCAUCCUCAUCUUCCUCGCUGUCUGCCUCAACGGCUUUGGAGGAAUCUGCUUGACCUUCACCUCUCUGACCCUGCCGAACAUGUUUGGGAACAUCCGAUCCACCAUCCUCUCCCUGAUGAUCGGAUCCUACGCGUCUUCGGCCGUCACCUUUCCUGGUGUCAAGCUGAUCUAUGACCUGGGCGUGUCGUUCCGGGUCAUCAUGUGGGUGUGGUCCGGCCUGGCCUGCAUGGUCGUCCUCAACUGUCUGCUGAACUGGCCCGGCGAGUCCUUUCCCGCUCCUGAAGACAUCAGAUACACGAAGAAGCUCCGGCUGGACAGGGUGGUGUCGGAGGACCGGCUGACCGGGGACAGGUACGUCACCCACCUGACCGUCAUGAAGGACACGGUGGGGGCCCGGCAGCAGGACUGUGAGCAGAGAGACCCCCAAAGCAAGACCAACGCCUCGGUGCCGCUCUGCCGCUCCGUGUGCUCCCCCAUCUUCCUGUGGAGCGUGGUCACCAUGGCAAUCACCCAGCUCAGGGUCAUCUUCUUCAUGGGGGCGAUGAACAAGAUGUUGGAGUUCCUGGUCAUCCAUGGUGACCCCCACCCCUCGGAGGAGCUGCAGAGGGAGGCGGAGGAGCAAGUCGGUUUCUACUCGUCCGUCUUCGGCACCAUGCAGCUGCUGUGUCUGCUGACGUGUCCGCUCAUCGGGUACAUCAUGGACUGGAGGAUGAAGGAGUGUGAGGAGGACGGUCUGAGCAGGAGCAGCAAGUCGGAUCCUCCGCGGAGAGACAAGAAAAUCCAGAAGCUGACCAACGCCAUCCGAGCCUUCAUCUUCACCAACCUCCUCCUGGUCGCCUUCGGGGUCGUCUCUCUGAUCGACAACCUGCCCGUUCAGCUGCUGGGGUUCGUGCUGCACACCAUGGUGAGGGGCUUCAUCCACUCCUGCUGCGGAGGCCUGUAUCACGCCGUGUAUCCGUCCAACCACUUCGGAUCUCUGACUGGAACCCAGUCGAUGAUCAGCGCCGCCUUCGCCUUACUCCAGCAGCCGCUCUUCAUGCUGAUGGUGGGACACCUGAACGGAGACCCUCACUGGAUCAACGUGGGCCUCCUGGUGGUGUCCCUGGCCGGGUUCUUGCUGCCGUGUUACCUGUUCCAGCACCGCCGGAGCCUGCUGAGGGCGCAGGCGGCCCAGACUCUGCUGGCCUCCAGCCAGUCCGAGAGCGAAAUGGCCCUCCUGAUCCACACGGACGGCGGAACCGCGGCGGGCCAGGUCAACAGCCUCUUGGAGAUGGAGGAGACGUCUGAUGGGUUCCCGGCGUAACGCCGCCGGCGCCAGAGGACGUUUCACGAGGAAUGAGCGGUCGCCCCACGCGCCAGGGAUGGUAGCUCCGCCUCCUUCCUCAUGGAAACGACGGUCAGGACAGAAAUAGGAGUUUUAUUGGUCUGCUCUCUGUCAGCUGAAGGAGUUUAAACAAAGUUUGGAUCCUGUUUUUCUAUGCAGUCAGACUGCAAAUAAGAAGGUGCAGGAAGCUGUCCUGCCAAAAUAAAAGCAUGAAAUCCGAUUCAGAAUGUCAAACCAGGUUUCUCCAGUUGCCCCUCCCCCUCACCUGAAGCUUCAGCACCAGCGAGUAGAAGAUGGACCUGUGUCGGUUCAGCACUUCCCUGCGAGACUCUGUGCAGGCGCAGGCUCAGCUUGAAGAAGCAGCUGAGGAGGUUUGAUGAGCAGAGAGGAGCCGAUUGGGCCGUCAGACCUUUGAUGGUAAAGAUGUGGCGGGAAACGGAGCGGCGUUUUGAAGUGAACUGUGAAAGCUCCUCAUGCAGACUCCGACUCCAUGCUGGUGUAAAUGUGUUGGAAUGACCCUCAAACGUGACCUUUGGUUCUGUUUCUGUUCAUCUGUGACGCACAAAAAGACUUUCUGACUCAGCAGCUUUUUCCUGAUUAUUGUUUCAACUUUUUGCUUUAUUUUUCUUGAUGUUGUUUUUAUCAGCUGAUUUUUGUUUAGAAUUGUCUAAAGGAGUGUGUGCUGCUUUCAGGGACAUUGUUUCUGUUUGUUUGUUUGUUUGUUUGCUCACUCAAUCUGGGAAGAAGUGAUCAUUUCCCAAAUUAAACAUAAACAUAAUUUUAAAUCAUAAACUUCAUGAUCCUAAAGUCCAAGAUCUGAAAUAGACGAAUAAAUGAAUGAAAAAAAUGGUUUUAGGAUGAAAAUAUUUUUUCCUCAAAGAAUCAUUUGAUUUGAGAAUUUCUGAAUAGAUUUUUACGGCGUCUUCAGAUGAGAUCCUGACACGUUUCAGACUCACUGAGGAGACUUGAAAAAAAUGUAAUUUUCUGAGUA